CCAUGCCACAGACAGGCCUUAUCGAAAACGCCCACAGCGACCUCGUCACGGACGCCGCGUACGACUUUUACGGUCUGCGCCUCGCGACGUGCAGCCUUGACCAGCGGAUAAAAGUAUGGGCUCUGGACGAGAGGCAGGGGACGUGGAGUGUCGAGGACGACUGGAAGGCCCAUGACGCUGCAAUAACGAAGAUCAGCUGGGCACAUCCAGAAUUCGGCAACAUCAUCGCGUCCUCGUCUUUCGACCGCACGAUCAAGGUCUGGGAACAGACGAGCUUUGCAGACUCGGACAUAUCCGCGAAUGUUGCCUCUGGCUCAUCGACCGCGUCGCGCUGGGUCGAACGCGCCGUGCUUGUGGACGCGAAGGGCACAGUUCGUGCGGUCGAAUUCUCCCCUCAUCACUUCGGUCUAAAGAUGGCCACAAUCUCCUCGGACAACCACUUGCGCGUAUACGAAUGCUUGGAACAGCCCUCUCUUCAGACAUGGCAACUCGCAGAAGAAGUAGACGUGCAGUCUCUUCCAUCAAGAAAUCCUACAAAGCAAUUGAUGCCCCAAACUGUCUCGCUUGCCACCCCUACCCAAACGUCGUCGACCCUAGAUGGCGCCUCAGUGACCCUCGCCGCUCACGCUGUGGCGCAGCAGCAACAACAACAGCAGAGCCAGACUCAAAGCAGACCUGGUCUAGGCAACCGUGAGGCUGACGGCGGGUGGUGUUUGAACUGGUGUAAAGAUAGAUAUUGGGGAGAGAUCGUUGCUGUAGGCUGUGGCGUAAACGGGAUCGUGAAGAUAAUCCAAGUAUCCAAUGCUCAGCGUCCUGCAACCCUUCUUGUGCUCGAUCCAUCACCACCAUCGCGCGCCACCGGUGGGGAAGGCACGCCCAGGACCCCAGCCCAGCCUGACGGAGAGUCUCCUGCACCAUACUCUGUGACAUCUGUUGCAUGGGCACCAUCCUGUGGACGGUCAUACCACCUCGUCGCCACCGGCAGCAGAGAUGGCCAUGUUAGGAUAUGGCGCGUCAAGCCGCCAACUCCUAUGGACGAUGGGGAUCAUGAAGACGUAGAUGCAGAUGAAGGGUCAUGGACUGCGUCUAUCGUGGGGGACUUUGAUGACCACAAGUCCGCAAUCGGGCGAGUGGAAUGGAAUAUCACUGGGACGGUCCUCUCUUCGUCGGGCAACGACGGUCGUGUGCGCCUUUGGAAGGCAACUGCAGGAAACGUGUGGCGCCCGGCAGGUCACAUCAGUGUCGAGCAGGCUGAGGAGCAACAGAACGAUGUGGAGAUGGACGAUAACGCAGUCCAAGAGUAACGUACCGGUCCUGUAAAUGGAUUUUGUUCUCUUCCCAGUCUCACGGCUCUCGCGACGGAGGCAGUUCUGUAUCUGCCGGCUAACAUUCUCCGUGACGUACCAGGAGUUCCCUGUGCCUGGUUAUCAGUGCUAAGUCUGCGAAAGAAGCCGUAGGUUCACGGCUUGAGUGGACAGUCGUGCAAAUAG